UACAGACUCAGCGUUGAUAUAAUUUGUGUACAAAUAAUAUUUAUAGACUUCAUCUUCAUCUUUUUCCUAAAUUCAAGGUUCAGCUUCAUUAUCUUCUUUAUACCAUACAGGAUUGCAAGACACUGCAGUAUUUUACAAAUCAUGCAUGUUCUGGUGGCACAUUUGCAAAGCAUAUACAGAAGUAAAUAAAACAAACAACAAUCCCGAAUGAACUGUUCACAGAAAACAACUAAUACAUAUCUACAUAUUAUCUCUAAUUGGCUAAUUUAUAUGUUUCAUGUGUGAACAACCAACUCAGUCUUUGUGCAUCAUCCAUUUUUAAAAAAAUCAACAUCUAUUUUUAUCUUACUAAACAAAGCUUUGUGCAGUUCCCAAUAAAAAGGACAACAGACACACUGAACAAACCAUCCAGUUUCAACAGUAAACUGUACACUAGAACACCAGAUCUCAGCUGGACACAUAGGUCUUUGCUUUUUAGAUGAAUUAUACAUAAUUGUCAGUACCAUAUCUAGUUUUUAUCAUCAUAAGUAUACGCAGUUACCAUCAGCCCACUGCCCUUUGCUCUGAGCAAACACUGAUUCUCUGAACAACCAAAUAUUGAGCUUUUCGUUGUUAAAAAGAGUCUCACCAAACCCAGAGUUGCAGAAUAAUGUGCACAAAUCUUUAUACUGACAGCCAAUGAUUUAUUCCAGAUAAAUAUCUUUCUUGUCAACCUGCUUUCUUCCAUAUCAAGUAACCAAUUCCAACGAGCCUCAUGUAUAUAUAUACAAAUACUGUAUACAUAUAUACAUAUAUAUAUAUAUAUGUAUGUACAAAGGAACUACAAACCUUUUUCAGAUUCACAAACUUGAAUUUCUCAUGCAAAGUUUUUAAAAGGUGAUAUUGAGUCAUUUUCUGAGCUCAAAAUCUGCAGGAUCCUCUGACCUCUUCAUUGACCUUUUGACCCUGAUAGUUCCGCCAAAAACAAGUGAAACGGAAACAAAAACAGGAGCAAGUUCAGUAGCAGGACCAGAUGCCACAACAAAGGCGUGUGAGGUUUUAUUCCACCUCUUUAAGCCUCUUAGUUCCUGUAAGUCUGCCUGCCUGCCUGCAGCCGGCCUGCAGCGCUGCCGUUGGCUCUGAUCAGACCGUGAUGAUUUAAUCCCUCAGCGGAAAAGGUUAGCUCGUCUUUGGUUCACAUAGGUUUGUCACCCUGCCAGCCGCACACAAACACAGAGAAAGACAACCAGAAAAAUUUUGGAGGGCAUGGAGGAACUUCUUUUACCGAGCGGCGAGGAGGAGGCGCGCUCCGAGCACAGUUCCUUUGCUCCGGGAGACACGGGGAAGACGAUGUGGGACCGAUUCAAGACUUUCCCCCAAGUGAUGAUUAAAGGGGACUUCAGUCGGAACAUUAGGGAUUUCUGUAAGAAGAACGGGCUGCUGACACUGUCGGUCAUCGCUGUGAUCACAGGCUGCACACUGGGCUUCAUGCUGAGAGGAACUCAGCUGUCCACACAGGCCAAGAUCUACUUCUCCUUUCCUGGAGAGCUGCUGAUGAGGAUGCUGAAGAUGCUCAUCCUUCCUCUCAUCACAUCCAGUUUGAUGUCAGGUUUGUCGUCGAUGGAGUCGAAGGCGUGCUGUCGGAUGGGCGUCCUGACCGUCACCUACUACCUGUGGACCACCUUCAUCGCCGUGGUGGUCGGCAUCAUGCUCGUCAUCAUUAUCAAACCCGGCGUGGGGACGGAGAUGGAGAGCAACCGGCUGGGAGGGGGGCCUGUCAUGACCUCUGCAGACGCCCUGCUCGACCUCAUCAGGAACAUGGUUCCCUCUAAUCUGAUCGAGGCCACAUUUCAGCAGUAUAAAACGGACCUGAUUCCCAUCCUCAAAGUCCCGACCAGAACCAUCCAACCCAACUUCGUGUACGUGGUCCCCGACGAGAGCGACCCCAAAGGUCGGACGGUGUAUCUGGAGCUGACGCCGGCGCCGGAGAUCAUGUACAAGACGAGUCCCGGCAGCAGCCAGCAGAUGAACGUCCUCGGCAUCGUCAUCUUCUCCGCCACCAUGGGUCUGCUGCUGGGCAGGAUGGGAGAACGAGGAGCUCCGCUGGUCAACGUCUGUCAGUGUAUCAACGAGUGCGUCAUGAAGAUCAUCAACGCCGCUGUGUGGUACUUUCCGUUCGGGAUCAUCUUCCUGGUGGCGGGAAAGAUCCUGGACAUGCAGGACCCGAGCACGCUGGGGAAGAAGCUGGGCUGGUACGGCAUCACCGUGCUCGCCGGCCUCUUCGUGCACGGACUCAUCCUCCUCCCUCUCUUCUACUUCCUACUCACCAGGAAGAACCCCUUCACCUUCAUCCGCGGGCUGCUGCAGGCCAUGGUGAUCGCCCUGGCAACCUCCUCCAGCUCUGCCACGCUGCCCAUCACCAUGAAGUGUUUGUUGGAGAACUGUCAAGUUGACCGACAGAUCGCUCGCUUCGUCCUCCCCGUGGGCGCCACCAUCAACAUGGACGGUACGGCGCUGUACGAAGCCGUGGCGGCCAUCUUUAUCGCCCAGGUCAACGACUACGAGCUGGACUUUGGCCAGCUGGUCACCAUCAGCAUCACAGCUACAGCUGCCAGCAUCGGUGCAGCCGGGAUUCCCCAGGCCGGCCUGGUUACCAUGGUGAUCGUACUGACAUCAGUGGGUCUGCCGCCAGAUGACAUCACGCUCAUUGUGGCGAUUGACUGGAUCCUCGACAGGUUUCGGACCAUGAUCAACGUCCUGGGCGACGCCCUGGCGGCGGGAAUCAUCGCUCACCUCUGUCGGAAAGAUUUCCCCCUCAGUGGAACAGGAAAGUCGGUACCGUCUUACGGCACGCAGACGCCACACGCUCACAACAACUCCCACAGCGUCGACGUGCCGAUGAUGGAGAUCCACACGCACAAAGACUGCAUGUUUGAGGCGAUGGGCGACUCAGUGGGCGAGAGGCAUGCUCACACCGUUUACUACAACAUCUGUCAGGUGUGAUCGACGGGGACGCAGCAGCUCGCCUCAAAACACAGCUGAUGUCCGAAAGUUUCUGGUCAAAUGUCACGGUGCCGUCUGAGGAGGAGCGUUAAGAAGAGACGGACUCUGUGGUGACGGAGCAGUAAAACUUCUUAACAACUGUGGUUUCAUUUGGCCAAAACUGGAUCUGAGCUUCAUUUGGAGCUAUGUUCACCUGCUUUUCCUGACGGUGGAGAAUGUUUCUGAUAUCAAACACCAAACUGGAGCAGAAUCUCUGUUUGCUGCUGAAUAUGAGCCUGAUUUGCACCAGAGGAUUAUGGGUAUAUGACACCCUCCCGAGAGUAGCUGCAGGUUCAUCAUCUGGUUCGACAGCUGCUCUGCAAGACCUGCAGAGAGAAAGCCUCAACUUACACUGGUUCAAAACUUAUUUUAGUAGACGUCUCUCGUACUGUUACUUAUUUUUGUGGUUAAAAUAAACCCUGAUAGCUGGGCUUAUCAUGGUUACCAUGGUGGUUGCUAGGGCUGGAUGUCAAACUUCGAUAUUAUUCUGGUACC